AUGGGACGCCUGUGUCUGCUCCUGGUUGUCACUCUCUCCCUCCUCACCUGCCAGGUUUUAUGCUCUGGAGUGUUUGAGCUGAAGCUGCAGGAGUUUCUCAACAAGAAAGGGGUAACGGGGAACGGCAACUGCUGCCCCGGAGGCUCUGCUCAUCCGCAGGGCCAGCACCAGCAGUGUGAGUGCAAGACUUUCUUUCGGGUUUGUCUGAAGCAUUACCAGGCCAACGUCUCCCCCGAGCCUCCCUGCACCUACGGCGGUGCUGUGACGCCCGUCCUCGGCUCGAACUCCUUCCAGGUACCAGAGACCAACGCGGACAGCUUCACCAACCCAAUCCACUUCCCGUUCGGCUUCACAUGGCCGGGGACGUUUUCACUGAUCAUUGAAGCUCUGCACACUGACUCCCUGGAUGACCUGACAACAGAUAACCCGGAGCGUCUGAUCAGCAGGAUCACCACUCAGCGUCACCUCACUGUGGGAGAGGAGUGGUCCAAGGACAUGCAGACAGCCGGCAGAACUGAGCUGCGGUACUCCUACCGCUUCCUGUGUGACGAGCACUACUACGGCGAUGGCUGCUCUGUCUUCUGCCGGCCCCGAGACGAUGCUUUUGGGCACUUCAGCUGUGGCGAGCGCGGGGAGAUCAUAUGCAACUCUGGCUGGAAAGGACAGUACUGCACUGAACCAAUCUGUCUUCCUGGCUGUGAUGAAGAACAUGGCUUCUGUGAUAAACCUGGAGAGUGCAAGUGUCGUGUGGGCUUCAGUGGCCGUUACUGUGAUGACUGUAUCCGUUACCCCGGCUGCCUCCAUGGUACCUGCCAACAGCCCUGGCAAUGUAACUGCCAGGAGGGAUGGGGUGGGCUCUUCUGCAACCAGGAUCUGAACUACUGUACACACCAUAAGCCCUGUCUUAAUGGAGCCACCUGUACCAACACCGGCCAGGGCAGCUACACGUGCUCCUGUCUGCCUGGAUACACAGGUGCCAGCUGUGAGCUCCAGGUUAACGAGUGUUCUGGAAACCCCUGUCGUAACGGAGGCAGCUGCUCUGAUAAUGAUAGUGGCUAUAAGUGCACCUGCCCACCUGGUUUCUAUGGCAACAACUGCGAGUUAAGUGCCAAUUCCUGUGCGGACGGGCCUUGCUUCAAUGGUGGGCGUUGUGCCGACAACCCAGAAGGUGGCUACUUCUGCCAGUGCCCGAUGGGAUACGCUGGCUUCAACUGUGAGAAGAAAAUCGACCACUGCUCCUCCAGCCCCUGCUUAAACGGUGCAGAAUGUGUGGAUCUGGUGAACUCCUACCUCUGUCAGUGUCCUGAGGGAUUUUCAGGUCCUAACUGUGAGGACAGCAGCAGCAUGUCUGGACACUGUCUGUCCUUCCCUUGUCAGAAUGGUGGGACGUGUCAGGAUGGAGUGAACGGCUACACCUGCACCUGCCCCCCAGGAUAUACUGGGGAAAACUGCAGCUCACCCAUCUCCCGCUGCCAUCACAACCCUUGCCACAAUGGAGCCACCUGCCACGAGCGUGGCGGUCGCUAUGUGUGCGCAUGCGUGCCUGACUACGGCGGUCACAACUGCCAGUUCCUCUUACCGGUGGGUCAGCCAGUGGUGGAUGGACCAGACCGCCGAUAUUCAGAAAGUGGAAAUGACGAAGAUGAUGACGACAGCGGAUUUCCCUGGACGGCCGUGUGCGCCGGAGUCUUUCUCGUUCUUGUGAUCCUGAUCGGCUGCUCAGUGCUGGUGGUCUAUGUUCGGGUCAAACUGCAGGAGCGGCACAGUCACCAGGGUGACAGUGUCCACAGCGACAGCCAUGAGACCAUGAACAACCUGACUACCACCAACAACUGUCUCCGCAGUGACAAGGAACUGGGCACUAUGAUGACAACGUCAAUUAAGAACACCAACAAGAAGGUGGACCUCGCUGGGUCACUGGGUGGUCUGAGUGGAAUCAGCGGACUCAAUGGAUCAGAGAAGAACGGCUUUAAGACUCGCUACCCCAGUGUGGAGUACAACCUGGUCCAUGAGCUCCGGCCUGAGGAGCUGUUGCUGUGUAAAGAAGGGGAGUGUGACGAGCCAGAGGUUAAAUGUGAAAUGCUGGAUGAGUCUGACUCAGAGGAAGGAUACAGGAAGAGACUUAACAGCAACGCUUCAGAAACGAAGCAAGUAGAAGAGUCACCAAGCUGCAGCGAAGCAAAGUAUCAGUCAUCCGGCGAUUUCAACUAUCAGUCAGCGAGUGAUCUUAAAUACGAGUCAACCAGUGAUGUUGAAUACCACAAUCCCAGUGACAGGUACCAGUGUACCACCGAUACCAAAUACCAGUCCGUCUACGUCAUGUCGGACCAAAAAGACGAAUGUAUCAUCGCUACAGAGGUAUGAUACAAGUCCAGACCAGACCAGAUCAGCUCGGACCAGUUUCCUCUGGUUGAUGGCGGUCCACUCACACCAGCCCUGAGUAGUAGAGCUCAGCUAGUCUGGGAGGUUUUACUCCUGCUGUUUGCUGCUGUUCCCUGGGAUUUACCAGAGGACUUUGAGCCAAGGUGUUACUGAGCCAGCACGGACAAAGUACCAACUUGUCGAGGACUUAGUACUACAGUAGUACGACCGGUGAAUACUGGACAUUUUUGACAUUCGAUGGAUGUAGGUCUGAUGCUGACUCAAUGCGAGAAGACAGUGCUGGCACCAGUACAAACCUUGUACAGAAACAGUGCUGAAUGAGUACUCAAGCAGUCAAAUGGUGGCUGCUGGAGAAGAGCUCAUUUGAUGUCUGUUGCAGCAGCGGAAGAUUUACUGCUGGUACCAGGAUGAACUCUUCUCUCCUGAUAAACUGUGGAGUAUUGACUUGGAUGUUGACUGAUGAUAUUGUAGUACCGUGGAGUACUGAUUGAAUGAACAGUGUAGUACCUUUGGAGUACUGAGAACUUUUGAAGUACUGUUGUAGUACUGUUAUGUGCUGUGGUUUUACAAUGCAGUGUAAAAGCUGUCGUGGAUAUUGGACAGUUCAUGUUCUGCACAGUGCUGCAGAGUAAAGGAUGAAUGCUAGCAACAGUAGAAGUCCCUGUACUUCAUUAGUUCUGCAGCUGCUGCUGUAGUCUAAGAAUUCAUAAAGAAAUCUCAAUCUCUAUCUUUUCAGACAAAACAAACACAAAGUUAAAACCAGCUGUGCAUCUUAAACUCUGCAGCACUGACAGAAACAGUGUUUGCUGAGCUGGUUCUCAGCAAAAAUAGAGAACUGAAGACUCCAGUAGUGACUGCAGAUUGAUCCGACAUGGAUCCUGUUGGGCCAUACUGGCCCCCUGACCCUUGAAGGUUGUGAUAGACAGGGCAAUGUUUUGGGCAGAGCAACUUAGGAAACACAACAAUCAAAAUAAGAGAAGAAAGUGAAACAAAUCAGACAAAACAUAAGGAAAUUAUAAUUAUCCAGUAACAUAUAUUUCCCUGGCAGCUCUUUACACCACAGUUUAUUGACAAAAUGACCUAAAAAAGUUGCUUUGUGCAAGAUUGUCCUGAACUCUGAUGAUGCUUGUGUUUCCAAGUAAGCUGAGCUAUAAGUGACUAGUCUUAACUGCCAAGACCUCAUUGCACUAUGGAGGUGUGUGUGUGUGUGUGUGUGUGUGUAUGUGUGUGUGCGUGUGUGUGUAUGUGUGUGUGCGUGUGUGUGUGUGUGUGUGUGUGUGUGUGUGUGUGUGUGUGUGUGUACAGAAGAGGUGAUGCCUGUGUGUGGUGUCAAAUGUAUGCACUGCCCACACCCACUCCGCUCCCUUCACUCCCAGUCUUCCACUAUUAGCCAAUUGAAUGACACCAUCACCCUGCCUGCCGUUGGUCGGGAUCAUUUGUUUUUUAUGUUAUUUGUUAU